UUCAAUUUCACAGCUAUUCAUCUGCACUCUAAUUUUUAUAGCUUUCAAUUCCUUGUUUUGCUCAGUUUUGUGUCCAUCGAUGGCAACACCCCCAAUCGCUCAUGAAUCUUUUGCUUGGGAAUACGAUGUGUUCUUGAGCUUCAGAGGUGAGGAUACACGCAAAACUUUCACUGAUCAUCUUUACUCUGCGCUGUAUCAAACUGGAAUCCGUACAUUUAGAGAUUAUGAAGAACUCAGAAAGGGUGAAUAUCUUGCUCCUGAGCUCACUAGAGCAAUUCAAAAUUCAAAAAUCUCUAUGAUAGUCUUCUCAAAAGACUAUGCAUCCUCUAGGUGGUGCCUUGAUGAAGUUUUGCAAAUUGUGGAGUGUAAGGAGAAGGGAAAACAAAUAGUUUUUCCCAUUUUUUACGAUGUUGAUCCUUCUCAAGUGCGUAAACAAAGUGGGAACUAUGGCUUGGCUUUUGCAAAGCACGAAGAACGUUUUGGGAAAGGUGAUAAAGUACAAAAUUGGAGAGAUGCUCUGACUAAAGUUGCAGAUAUGUCAGGAUGGGAUUUGCAAGGCAUUACCAACGGAUAUGAAUCGAACUUUAUCAAUGCAAUAAUCAAGGAGGUUCGGUUGAUAGUAAGACAAGUACCGAUGUUUGUGCCCAACACGGUAGGACUUGAUUAUCGUGUUGAGCAUGUGAUCCAGUUAUUGCUCGGGGAAUCUCAUGAUGGUGUCCGUAUGAUUGCGUUACAUGGUAUGGGAGGUAUUGGGAAGACAACUCUUGCAAAAGCGGUCUAUAACAGGCUUUUUGUAUAUUUUGAAAGGAGCUGCUUUAUAGAGAUAGAUUCAACAACUUCAGGACAACAAGACAAUCAGAUAAAAACUAUACAAAAACAGCUUUUUAAGAAUCUUUUUAAUGAGGAGAUUGACAUUGGCAGUAUAGACGAAGGAAUCAUGUUGAUGAAAAGGCGACUUCAAGCAAGAAAGUGUCUUAUUGUCCUUGAUAAUUUGGAGCAUAGAAAUCAAUUUAAUAAAUUAUGUGGAGGACGAGAUUGGUUUGGUGGAGGAAGUAGACUUAUUUUAACCACAAGAGAGGCACAUGUUUUUAAAGAGUUGAAGGUGGACGAACAUUAUGAAGUUAAGGUAUUGAACUAUGAGGAGUCUUUGCAGCUGUUUAGCCUACAUGCAUUUGAAGAGCCUGCGUUGCAAAAUGAAGAUUAUAAUAAGCUUCUAGAUGGCAUAGUUGCUUAUUGUGAGGGACUUCCAUUAGCUCUUGAAGUUUUAGGGGCUUAUCUGCGUCAAAAUUCGAAAAAGCAUUGGAUUAGUGCUUUUGAAAAAUUGAAAAGAAUUCCUAAUAAUGACAUUCAAGCUAAACUUAAGAUUAGUUACGAUGGGCUUCCAGAUGAUCAUAUAAAAUCUCUUUUUCUUGAUCUUGUUUGUUUAUCAAAUGGAGUUUCUAAGGAGAAAAUUGAUAACAUGGGGUAUUUCUCAGACAUUGAAAUUCAAGACUUGGUUGACAAAUGCUUGAUAAAUUGUAACGAGGAUUGGGUUAGUAUGCAUAGCUUAAUUCGAGAGAUGGGAAGAGAAAUUAUUCGUUCGGAGUCACCCAACAAUCCUAGUGAGCGUAGUCGAUUGUGGUGUCCUUAUGAUAUCCAUGAUGUGCUUAUAGAGGAAAAGGGUACAAGAAAGAUUGAGGUGAUUGUAUUCAACUACUCUCCUAUGAAAAAUGUGAAGUACAAUACAAAAGCAUUUAAGAACAUGGAGAAUUUAAGAAUUCUUGAAAUUGAUGAAGUCCAUCUUGAUGGAAAAUUCAAACAUCUAUCCAGUUCCAAGGUGCUUAGAUGUUUGCGAUGGAACCAUUGCCCUUUGGAAUCUAUCAAUAUUCCAUCAAGUCGUUUUUUUGAGAAGCUUGUGAGUUUGGAAAUAGGGAAUAGCAAUAUCAAAGAAUUUAAAGCCCCUCUAAAGGUUUUAAAACGCUCCAUGAAUUCCAAUGGUGUUCUUGCUUGUAAUGAAAUUCCUGGUUGGAUUAGAUGUGAGAAAGAAAAAUCGUCAAUAUCAUUUCAAAAUCCAUCAUCCAAUUUGAAGAAUCAUACAUUGGAAUUUUAUGGAUUUGUUUUUUUGGUUGUGUUCAAUCCGGCUCCACUACUCCCACCACUUUAUUGUCAUUAUAGCAUCAGAAUUGAAAAAAAGCAUGAUUCUAAAGCCUUCCGAUUUACAUGGUAUAAUUAUUAUGGGAUCCAAUUGGAAGUGGAAGGAAUUUCAAUUUUACAUGUCAUUACAGCUAAUCAUCUUUACAAUGAUGGGUAUGAAGAUAUAAAAGCCGGAGAACUCAUCAAAGCUACACCAAUAACUGAUGUUUAUGAAGGAUUCUACACAGAUCGGUUUAGAUCAUCAUUAAGAGUUGAAGCAAGUGUGGUGAAGAAAAUAGGAGUUGAAGCAUUGUACAGAGAUAAAGAUGGCUCCCUACAACUUCUACCCCUCACUAAAGUUGAGUAGAACACUGAAGAAGAAGAAGAAGAGAAUUUCUGGAAGCG